AUGUCUCAGAAAACACAAGAACCCGUCAUCACCAAAACCUCUGACCUCCCAGUCGAUGAGGCAAAGUGGAUAACCCUCAAGAAGAUUGAGUAUGUCGACCAAGUCGGAAAGGCACGAACAUGGGAGGUUGCAACACGAAAAACAAGGGGAAAAUCCGGUGUCGAUGCUGUCGCCAUGGGAAACAUUCUCCUCCACCCAUCAAAGCCCGCUUCUACUCUACUCGUCAUUCAAUACCGACCCCCUCUUGAUGCCUACACUAUUGAAUGGCCCGCUGGACUCAUCGACGCGGAGGAGACCGCCGAAGAAGCGGCUGUUCGAGAAUUCAAGGAGGAGACUGGAUAUGACUGCAAGGUCUUGAGUGUCAGUCCCGCGCAAGCUGCUGAUCCCGGAAUGACAAACGCCAACAUGCAACUGGCAAUGGUGGAGGUUCAAUUGGGGGAGAAUGAUGAAGAGCCGGAGCAGAGACUCGAUGAUGGAGAGCACAUUCAGCGGGAAAUCAUUCCUUUGUCUGAGUUAUAUGAGCGUUUGGUUGAGUACUCCAAGAGAGAGCGCACUGUUGUUGCGGCCAAACUGUUUCACUUUGCUGCAGGCAUGCAUUUUGCCCAAACUCAGAAGUACUUUUAG